AUGGACCUCGAAUAUAACGAACGCCAAAUACAAACAUAUUAUCAACAUAAAUCCGUUCGUCGACCACAAUCCGAAGAGAACCUUAAAACAGCUAUAGAAACACGCCGACAAAUAGUCACCCAGCAAAUAUCACAACAACAAAUACAACAGAAAAUGCAACAACAGCAACAGCAAAUACAACAACAACUACAACAAAUACAACAACUACAACAACAAUUACAACAACAACUACAACAAACUACGCAACAACCAUUACAACCAUUACAACAAGCACAACAACAAAUUCUGAACCAAAUAACUAGUAGUAGUAGCUCCGCUCCAACUACAAACCCUAACCCUACUACAACAGAAGCUACAACUACUUUUACCGACGAAGUUACAGCCCAAACUCCGACUUUACAUACAAAUGACGAAAAUGAUGAUAAUGAUGUCGUUAUGGAUGGUGUUAUGGAAGAAUGGUUACAUUCUAGCUACAAAAAUUAUUUAAACUAUGCUCUACCUAAACUACCUUUUAUGUGCCAAAAAUUAAAUUAUACAAAAUUCGAAGAUGAAAAUACAAUUGAAAUGAACAAACAAUACUACGAAAAACUACUAAGCCAUACUAAAUCCUUAUAUACCAAACACAUCGAAGAAUUAAAACUUUAUCUACAAUCAACCACAUACGAAGCUGACGACCUUAGUUUUUCGGAAGACUUUCCAUUUAGACUUUCACAAUACGGAAAUGCCUUUGCUACUGGGGCUGACACCUUUAAAGACCUAUAUGCCGAAGGACUAUUCAUACCAACCCCCACUUCUAAACAACGCCUUGACAUCACUUUACCGGAUAACCCCUUUAUGGCCCGAUCUUUGGACGACUUAGAACGCCGCUACAAUUUACUAUUUGAAUUUGGCGGAGGCGACUUUAUAAAAACUCCACACUAUAACCUUACAAUCCGCGAGAAAAAAGCUUUGCAUAAUCUUGCAACAAAUAAGGAUAUAGUUAUCACCCUUACAGACAAAAAUUUGGGACUUGCUAUUAUUCCAUAUAAGGAAUAUAUUAAAGUAAUGGAACAGAUGCUUAAUGAUAUCGAAUAUGAAGAAAUUAAGCAAACUGAAGUGGAAUGUAUUGAUAUUAUGCAAAAUCAAGAAAUCAACCCAAGGAAUUGGACGCCGUUACGAGAUAACUACCAAUUAAUCUUCCAAAUCGAACAACGAGAAAAUAAAUUUAAUAGUGUUAUUACAGGAGACUUUGAAUCCCUUUACACUAAAUUUUCUCAACAUGAAAUAGUGGAAGCAAUUAAAUAUCUCAAUGACGAACUUCUUCCAAUUCCAAAACAUUAUGGUCUCACUUUUGCUAAAUACAAAUACCUAAUCGAAACAGUAGUAGGAUUCAACUACUUUAAAGCAUUAGGUAAAAUUUACAGGCAAAAAUCUGGAAUAGCUAUGGGAACAAAUGCAGCAGUUCAAAUUGCACAACUUACCUGCUUCGCCCAUGAACAUAAAGCUAUUAAAAGAGGACUGUUUGAAAAUAUCUUCUUUAGAAGAUAUAUUGAUGAUAUCAUAGUAUUUGGUGAUAUAAUAGAUGAAGUUUUAAUUAAUAAUAUAUAUCCGACCCAUCACAAUAUAAGUUGGCAACACAUAGAUAAUGAUAAAAAAGCUAACUUUUUAGAUCUUUCUAUUGAAAUUUUAUCGGACUACCAAAAAGAAAAAUUCAUAUUAUUCGAAUUUCUUACAGAAUUUAAAGGAUAUCCUAAUUAUAUCCUAAAGGAAGCCGAUACAAUUAUUUGGGAAAAUCGAACAAAAACUCUCUACCAAAUAAAUACUAAAAGAGCAGACGAAAAACUACUUCCUCCCAUUAUCCUUCGAUCAGAAUCCUUGCCCGGUCCUCAACCGGGCACCCUAGCCCUAACCCUAGCCCUACCAACUAAUGACGAUUAA